AUGCUGUCUCAUCCUCUCCCCAUCAAAGGGGCCACGGCAAAUCAUAACGCGGCUAGCGUAAAUCUUGAUAAAGAAGAAGGUGCGAGAGAGUAUGGUCCAGGUGGUUACAAGCCCCUUGCCAUCGGUGAUGUCCUCCGUAAAGGACGAUAUACUGUCGUGCGCAAACUUGGGUGGGGGCAUUUCAGUACGGUGUGGCUUGUCCACGAUAAACGGACAAGCUCUCAUGUUGCACUCAAAGUGGUCAAGUCCAAUCAGAAAUACAUGGAAACGGCUCGAGACGAGAUCAAGUUGCUCCGUCACAUUCGCGACUCCCCUAAUCCGAAUCAUCCCGGUCGGAUCCACGUUGUCCAAUUCUUGGAUUGGUUCGAACUGAAGCCUGAUGAUGGGAUAUCGAGUAUUAUGACGAUGGAACCUCUUGGGGAAACUCUUCUCUCCUUACUUCGCCGAUUGCAAUCCUGUGACGAAACGAAUCUGAAGACGGGUAUCCCAACAUUCCUCGUUCAACAAAUUGUCCGGCAAAUGCUCCAUGGGCUAGAUUUCCUGCAUACUGAAUGCCGUCUGAUCCACACGGAUCUGAAGCUAGAGAAUGUCAUGGUACUCGUGGAAGAUGUGGAAGAACUCGUUCGUGCAUGUUAUGCAUCUGAACAGAUGAUGGGUGUAUCACCUACCAGUGCAAAUCGGGUUGUUGCUGUCCCUGUUCCGUCGUCGCUAUCCAGACCCCAUGAUAAGUCUGGAACGAGAAACGUCCAGAUUUUUGGGUCUUAUCCUUUGCCUAGUCCAUUGCAGGAGUGGGGAAGGGAGAAUGCGGGGCCGGAGGUAGAGAGCCUUGCGAGGAUCAUGGCCGAGUCCAAACCCCUGACAACUAGGGCCGGAGUAUUGGGGACGGGGAAGGGGAUUGUAAAUAAGGCGCCAACCAAGACCCUUUCUUCAGAUUCGAUGAUUGGAUCGGGUGCGUCGUCGCUUGUCAGUGUGGAGAGUGGGUUGUCGAAGUUUUCGAUGGCUGCGUUGAGUUCGGCUGCUACGUCGGUUGAGAGCAGUAUGGUUGAAGGGCACAAGAUUGGGGAGCGGAUAGAAGGGUUUGGUGGAGCUGAGUCUAUGAUUGCGAUUUCAUACACCCCCACCCCAACGCCUGCGCAUGCGCCUUCGCUCUUAACAGCAUCAGCUCCUAUCCCACCCACACGAGCUACGUCUCGCGGUCGAUCACGUACAAAUACAAAUCACAAAGUCCAUGCACCCGCUACAACCGCCCCACCACGGAUCCGCAUUAAAAUCGCCGAUCUUGGGAACGCUACUCCCAUCAAGAACCACUUCACGCCGGAUAUACAAACACGACAGUAUCGGGCACCUGAGGUGAUUCUGGGAUUCGACGAUUGGGAUGAAAGUGCAGAUUUGUGGAGUGUCGGCACAAUGGCGUUUGAGUUGUUGACCAGCGAUUAUCUUUUUGCGCCUGAAGAGAAGAAAGGAAGGUAUACGAAGGAUGAUGAUCACAUUGCGCAGAUAAUUGAGUUGCUGGGGGACUUGCCGCAUUACCGCAAAUUUGGAGGGAGGGAGUCGAGGAACAUCUUUACACAAAGGGGUGAACUACGGCGUAUCACAAAGUUGAAACCGUGGCCGCUGGAACAAGUGCUCGUACAGAAGUACGACUACCCGCCGAGACAGGCUAAGGCACUGAAGGACUUUCUCGUCAUGCCGCUUUCCUUGGACCCUGCGGACCGACCGAGUGCGAAGGAGCUUGCCGAACACCCUUGGCUUGACAUGGAGGAUGCUGCACCGCCUUAUCCCACUGCCAACCGCUUCAACCCUCGGCCUGCUGUUGCUUCGACCGCGUCCGCACCGAUGCCACCUGUUCCUCCGAUCAAUACGGAGGGGUCGUCAGAUGAGGGGAGCCUGAGCAAUGAGUCGUCACCCAACAACGCCGUUGCCAGCAUAGCCGCGCUAGAUUAG